CUCAAUUCGUGAAGCUCUUGCAAUCCGUAUCCAUUUUGGCUCAAGGCAGUACUCGCAGUAAGUUUGUUGGCGCCACCGGCAGCGCGAUCCUUCCAGGUCUUAUUGCGCAACCUAAUUCUCAUCGCGUGUCGCUGACGAGCCAUGGGAAGUGUCCUCGGCAAGUGUUGCAAGUUCCUUGGGUCGGCCACGGAGUCGACGCAGCAGGGGCCCACGGCAGACCCAACCGGUCCCGCAGCAGACGCUGCUGCAAUUGUGGCUGAUCACGCAGGGAUUUCCGACCCGUCCGAGAUCACAUGGGAGGUGGCCACGAAGAUGAAGGAGUGCCUGGAGGAUUACCCCAACAUCAUCCAGUUUGACAGCUCCACGCUGCAAGCGUCUGUCAAUGUGGUUGCAGAUGUUCUCCAGGGAGCUAACCUACGCAUCAGCCUCGCGGCCCCGAUCGAGCUGGUCUGCCGGGCCGUGGCGAAUACCGCCAUCAAGGUGACUGACGGCACGGACGUCGGAGAGGUUCUGAGCAAAGUUAUGGAGAGCAACCAGAACAUUAUCCAGAGAGACGUCGAGGCCUUGCGCGAGAUGCAUCUGAAGAAUGCCAUGGACGAGAUCGAGGUGCUGGCCGCAAUGAGCAAGACGUUGAUGGAGCUCAAGGCGGAAGGGUCCUCAAACUUUGAGAAUGAGCUCACGUUCUACGUUCAGAGAGCGCUCUCGGCAGAAGGGCACGCGAGGGACGCGUUCAACGUUGCCAAGGGUAAGCUGGACGAGAAGGUCCGCGCAACGACGCUGAUGGCGUCGGCGAUGAUGGCUCAGACCUUGGACCCGAAGCGGGAGAGUCGAGUCAUCGCCGACCGGCUGACCCAUGCCCUGAAGAAGCUCUUCAACGACGAGGACAUGCAGGUGCUGAUCGGCCAGGAGUGCGGGUCAUGGGACAAGGUGCUGUGCUUCAGGGAGAGGCGGCAGCGUCGCCUCCGGGAAGCUUUCCAAUGCCUGGUCCACGUCGAGGGAUGGAUCGCGCAGCGCGCUCGGGGGCGGCAAACCGUCCUCAGCAGCUUGGACAAGCCCUUUGACAUGAAUCGCAUCAUCCAGCAAGGCAUCCUCGACCCGAAGGGCAGCACAGUGGGCGCGCUCGCUCGCCUGGCCGGCGGGGAGGAGUACAGCGACAUGGAGUUCGGCAUAUUGCAGAGCUACUGCGGGCAAAGGCCGAAGAUGCAGGCGGCGACAGCUCUCUCGGGCUCCAGAGACAAGACCCUGAAGCUGUGGGAGCUCUCCACGGGCAGGUGCCUCCGGACCCUCACGGGCCACACGGUUUGGCCCCCUGGGGCUCUGGAGGGGCCCGAAAGGGGCACGAAAGGGGACCUUUUCUGACCCCCCCAUUUGUGACCCCCCCGUUAAGCCACGCCCAAGGACCUGGUGAGGUGCGUCGUCGCGCUGGGCGAGGACGGGGCCCUCUCGGGCUCCGACGACCAGACCCUGAAGCUGUGGGAGCUCUCCGCGGGUAGGUGCCUCCGGACCCUCGAGGGCCACACGGGCCAGGUGAUGUGCGUCACCGCGCUGGGCCGGGCCCUGGCACGCGACGCGUAGGGACGGAUCCUUGAUCCGCCGCCGCUUUUUCGUGAGCUCCGCCGUCGCGCCCUGGCGGUGCUCGGGCGAGCCCGCGGCGCAACGAUCUCAAGCCUCAUAUAAGUCUUCAUUGAAAUCUUCAUUUCCCCUCCCCCUCCUCCUCCUCCUCCCCCUCCUCCCCCGCCAGAUGAGGCUGCCAUAGUAGAUCGAGAAUUUAGUAACAGUUCCGUGCAAUCCCUCCAUCCGCCCCCGCCCCUGCCUCUCGGGGCCUUCCUCAUAGGGCAGGGGGGCGUCGGCCGAAAACGGCUCCGGGUGAUGAAAUGUUGCGUUCCUCCCCCCCUGACCACCUCGGCCAGGGUGCUUCUGGCUGUAACCCUCUAGCCGGACUCCCACGUCGAGGACUCUUGGGAGGGAACAUUUCGAGUGAAUUGAUUUAUUGCAUUGUUGCUGCGUUGCCGUGACGUCGGCAAUUUCAUUUUGGGCAGUACGUAAUGUUGCACGGUGCGUGAGGCAUAGUGUAGCGCGGUAUUGCGCAUACAGGAAAAAA